GCGCUCCUAAAAGAACAUAAAAUCAAAGCAAAUUUUUAACCUGAAGUGCACUUUCCCGUUGCUUGGUGUCGGGAUCAGCAUCCCUAUAAUGGAAGGAAGAAACAUUGGACGGUCUAGCGGACCAAAGGGUGACAGGACACGUAGGAGUUGGUCAGAUAAGGAGGAAGAAACUCUUAUCAUGUCCACGAAAGAACUUGUUGCUAAUGGAUUGAAAUCGGAUAACGGUUUUCGUAAUGGAUACAUGAAAAGGAUCGAAGAAGACUUGCGCCGGCAAAACCCGAAAACUGAUCUGAAAAUCCAUCCGCACAUUUGGUCAAAGAUAACAACAUGGAAAAAGAACUAUGGCUUGAUCUGUAACAUACUCAAUCGCAGCGGAGUCGGCUUCAAUGACAAUGGUGAUUACAAAAUAGAGUGUGACGAGGAACAAUGGGCAUAGAUUAUCAAGGUAGUUGUUCUCUUUUUUACAUAAGGUCUAUUGUGUAUAACUGCCAAUGAUUUUUGUCUCAAUUAUGUGUAGUCGGAUAAGGAUGCAAAGUACAUGAGAGGUAAGUCUUGGCCCUACUUCGAAGCAUGGAAAAUUAUAUAUGGCAAGGACCGAGCUAUUGGCGGAAGUGCAAAGGACGCAGCUGAAUCUACUCAGCGUGUUUCAUGCCACCCAGGAGAACACGUACGUGGACACAAAUAACGACUAUUACCCUGACAUGGAUGACAUUUAUGUUGGAGAAUCAGUUGGAGAAGGGGAACAUCCGGUUCCUGUGGUUGAUAGUGCGAGUCUUGUGGUUGAUAGUGCGUGUGACACUGACAUGAACAGUCCCACAUUGAAGAAAGCAAAUAAGAAACGCAAGGCUGGAGAAGCAUUGGAUGGGGUACUUGAGAUGAUGAAACGCAUUAACAAUGACACAAACGAGCGACUACACACCUUGUCCACUAGGAUUGGCUAUGAGUUCAACUUGACCACUAAAAGGGAGGAGGUGCUUCAACUUCUUGGUGUGGUCCAGGGGCUGACCAAGAGACAAAAGUUCACAGCUGCAAAGAUACUUGCAAAGGAAACUGAGAGGCUCGACCUAUUCCCGGGGAUGGAUCAGGCUGAUAGGCCAGAUUUCGUCAUGUUCCUCCUUGAAGAGAACAACAUCGGUUAGAUGGUUGGUCUUCAGUGCAAGAUCUGACCUUUUUGCAACGAUGGUUGUUGAUAUCUUUUGUGCUUAGCCUUAUGCUAAAAUGCAAAACUCUUAAAUGUGUUCACCCUCUACUGUGUGAUAUAUGCUAUAGGUGAACCAUCUAUUUUGUAUAAAAACCAUUAUGGAUAUUGUCUAUGAAAUAUGCUACUUAUCAGGUAACUAA